AUGAGUGAUACCAUGCGAGCUAUCGGCAUCAAAGGCGGCAAAGGCCCCGCCACAAAUCUCUUCGUUGAUCAGAUUGCCAAGCCCACUCCUAAAGAAGGAGAUGCAAUCGUCAAGAUCCGGGCCUUCGGCCUGAACCGCAUGGACCUAUUGCAGCGGGAGGGUCUCUACCCGCUUCCCCCUCAGGCACCCGCCACCAUGGGCGUUGAGUUCUCCGGUGUCAUUGAGAGCUUCGGCCCGGAUGGACACGAAGACUUCAAGGUCGGAGACGAAGUCUUCGGUCUUGCCUACGGUGGUGCUUACGCCGAGUAUGUCGCCGUCUCUACCAAGAUGCUGGUUCACAAGCCCAAGGAGCUCUCUUGGGAAGAGGCAGCUGGUGUCCCCGAGACCUGGAUUACAGCCUCCCAGGCUCUGUUCCUCAUUGGUGACUUCCAACCCGGACAAUCCGUCCUCUGGCACGCCGGUGCCUCCUCAGUUUCGAUCUCCGGCAUCCAGCUCGCCAAGGCGGCCGGUGCGAGCGCCAUCUACGCCACUGCGGGUUCCCAAGAGAAGAUCGAUUUCCUGGAGAAAGAGCUCGGCGUGACCAAGGCUUUCAACUACAAGACCCAAGACUGGGCGUCGGAGCUCCAGAAAGUCGCUGCCGGCGGUGUCAAUCUCACAGUUGACUUUAUCGGAGCUCCCUACUUCCAAGGAGACUUGGAUGUCGCGGCUCGUGACGGCCGUGUGGUGCUGCUUGGUUUGAUGGGCGGUGGUAAGUUGCCUGACGGAGCGAACAUUGCGCCUUUGCUGUUCAAGCGCGUGCGGGUUGAGGGUAGUACACUUCGGUCUCGGGAUGUGGAGUACCAGGGUAAGCUUCGGGAUACGCUUGUUGAUCAUGCGUUGCCGAAGUUUGUGGAUGGGAGUUUCAAGGUAUUUAUUGAGAAGGUGUUGCCGUUUGAGCAGAUUGAGGAGGCACACAAUUUGCUGGAGAGCAACACUACCAAGGGCAAGAUUAUUUGUGUCUUUGAGUAA